GUGGAAACACUGGAAACCCAUCGUGGUUCCCCUUUCAACGCCGCUGGAACCAAGAAACCUUCUUUUGUUCCCAUCUCAAAUUGCAAGAAUGUGACAAAGAAAUCCCUGGAGCUUGGACUCUGAAGCUGCGAAAGCCGAGACAAGGCUGAGAUGACGGUCGCACGAGCUGAGGCUGUGCCAGGCUGUCCGCCUGCAGGUCGGAGCGAAAUGGCCCCCUCAUUUAACUGAAGCACCUGCGCUCGUCCGUUUGAGAUCUUCUCCUGCACCUCCAAAUCACUGGCCAUCAUGGCUUCCGAAUCGAACAGUAAUUCGUAUCGGUUGCCGCCGCUGCCAAACUACCUCUCCUCGUGGAACAACCCAUUCGACCUGGGCGACCGCGCGAAUAUCCGCUACGAGUCCGCCGCUUCACACGAACACGAACACGAGCAGGAGCCGGAGCCGGGACACAAGCACGAACCACCCGUUGGCCUGGGAAUCAGCGACAGCCAGCCAUCGCCCUCCUCCCUCCCCAACCAUCCAACGCACUCCCGCACCGUGAGCUACGACGACACAGCGACCCUCGGUCGGUCGCCUAGUAACCGCGCUUCCUCGCGCUUCGCCGGCUCCGAUGCUGCUCUGCUCGGCGAGCACUCCCCGCCGCUCAAAUGUCCGACCACAAAAACCAUCGUCCACCGCCGACUGGGCUGGGUCCCGGUCACUAUCCUCGUCCUCGGCUUUUACUCUACCCUUGUCUCCGGUCUAUACCUCGUCGUCGCGUUCCUGAAACCUCGAUAUGGAAAGGGCGUGGGAGUGGAUGGAAAACUGGCACCGUCGACGGCGAGUCUGCUCAGUACGCUGUUUGCAAAGACGGUUGAGCUGGCAUACGUGACCGUUUGCGUGGCGUUUCUGGGACAGGUUCUUACUCGUCGGGCAAUCACAAGAGGGUCCAAGGGGAUAUCGAUCGCAGAUAUGAGCAUGCGGACGUGGAUUAUGCAGCCGGGGUCGAUGAUCGUCCACUGGGAAAGCCUUCGAUAUUCGGGCUGGACAAUCCUCGGGGCGAUUACAUUGACCGCAACGAUAGUCGCGAUGCUGUAUACCACCGCUGCCGAAGCUCUAGUGACCCCCAAACUCCGGAUGGGCCCUUUCGAAGAUCGCAUGCUCGUCGGAGAUGUCCACGCCUCGUUCGCCAAUACCAUAUACCUCGCGAACAACUGUCAGACGCCGGUUGCCCUGGCAUCCGACUCAGACUACCGCAACCUCACCUGCCUGGAUAUGCAGCACGCCGGCCAGGCGUACCAUAACUACCAGGCUUUCCUCCACGCGUGGAGCCUCGCGACCGAAGGGAAUUGGUCAAGUUUAACACAGUUGUCGUCUCGACCUCGUCCGGUCGGCUCCGUCAACGAUAAUACCACGAUGACGGGAAGUUGGAUUGAGAUGCAGAAUAUGACGGCGCUCUCGGAGAAAUAUGGUCGCAUUGUGCACAAUGUGACAGCUGCGAUGCCGCAUGGAGGGAUUAUAGGCGCCGCAAAUCACCCUGAUAACGACAUUACCCAACCGAGAGAUCGGUCGGGCGAGGGAAACUAUGACCUGGAUGCAUCUGUCCCAUCGCCAGCGGUCAACGUGCUUUGUGUGGGCAUGACAAAGACCGAGCUAAAGCCCAUCGUUUAUGACGAGUGGCCAAACACGGAGGGCAAAUUCGAUCCAGUAACAUGGACGACCGAGGUGCCCGGUAAUGUCCCGCCUCCUGCCGACUGGCACAAUCGCACAGUUGUGGACGAUAUCUUUGGCUUUGGACCCGACUAUCCUGGCUACUAUGCGCCCAUCUUUGGAAAACUCCCGAAGCCGCACAACACUAUCCUCAACGUCACUGGCCAAUACCUUCCGGGCGCGAUCUACCUCCUCGGGGCGGCCCCGGAGGAUGUCCAGCCACCGUAUGUUCUUUGCUCACUCCGAGCAAAACAGUCGCCUGCGUGCUCAACCCAGUACAAAGCCACAGCCACCGGUUCGGAGCUUAGCACAAGGUGCGAAGACGGUCACUCGCUCCAGUACAACGUUCGCAAUCCUGAUACCCCGACCGAAAUCUGGACACCCGACUGGAAAAGCAUCGCGUCGGAGUGGGCCUUCACUAUUUCUCUGAACGCAGGUAUCACAGAUGGGGCGUCCAUGAACGCCCGCCUUCUCAUGCAGUUCUUCCCCAAGACUCCGUGGCUAGACCCGAACCUUCCUUCCAUCAGCGAAGCCCUGGCAGUCCUAGCAGGAAACACGCUCCUCAUGAGCUCUCAGAACGCCCCAUUCGUCCAUUUCUGGAACUAUACUGCCCAUGAGGCUCCGGAUAACAUCCUCCCCGAGCCAGUCACGCAAUCCUUCAACGCAACCCUCCGCUCGGUCGAGUACGCCUCCGGCGGUACCCAACGGUGGCAGGGCAUCUUCUACCCAAUCCUCAUCUUCGCCUUCAUCACCAGCGCCCUCUGCCUCGCCUUUCUAAUCCUCGAAGUCCGCGGCAAGCAAAUCACCGACUUCACCGAACCGCAAAACCUCUUCGCGCUGGCCAUGAAUAGCCCCUCCACAUCUCGUCUGCAAGGAGCCUGCGGCUCCGGACCCGAGGGACGGCAGCUGAAAGAGCGCUGGUACGUGGCGAUGGAGGAACACGAUGAGCAUUAUUAUAUCCAACCCAAGGCCGAGGAGAAUACGCCGAGGGUGUCGAUUCAUCGCAGUCCGUCGGUUGAUGAUAUCGAGAUGGAGGAGCACGGGCCGUUGAAGACGGCCGCGACGAGUAGUCCGGCGAUGGAUGAGUAUCGCCGCCUAUCCUCGCGGAAGAGCUGGGUGUCGAGGACGUUUUAUUAAUGGGACUAUUAUAUAUCUCGAAUAAUGUCUAGCCUAAUGUUUGUGUGGAUAAUCGAAUUCUAGCCUUGGGCGGUUUUGUGCUUUGUUGCAUAUCGUCACCACCCCGUCGUAUGCCUGGGGUGGAAUGAGGGGUGGAAUGAGAGGUCUCCCAUUUUUUAAGAACUAUAGCAGAGCCUGGGUGGUACAAAGAUAGUAGUGUCUUCUUGUUCCCCACUCUCCAUAGAAUUGACCGUGCGUGGAAAACAUCGGGUCCUUCAAGGUUCGAAGUUGCGCUCCACCCACGGUAGGCAUCGCGACGCAACAAGAUGCUCCGCUACCCUAGAGACCUCAUGGAGGCUGACUGAUCGAAAGGAUAUGCCAGGGUGAUGACUCGAUUGCGCAAUUCUGGCCGUGUCUUUCCAUCUGCCCUGGAGUCGCCCAUAGCUCGCUCGAUGGGGUUCGGCCGGAGUGGAUGAAGGAUUAGGUGAGGGAGUGAUUUAAAUGUAGAUGAUCAUAAUCCUUUACUAGUAUCAGGUGUACUACAAGAAAGCCUUAUACCGCUAUUACAUUAAUCAAUGGUUGAACUGGCAUUACCUCUCCCUUACCCCUUUACUAUACAUUAAUCGUUAACCUCAACCCUCCAUCCCUCCCUCAAAGCACACCACACACGCACUAUGGAUUAUCUGGCCGAGUAUCUAACUGACAACCUUCGAAACCCCAAACUCCGUAACCCCCUCGAAAACCGAA